AUGCUCUCCCUCGCGUCCCGGAGGGCAGCGCGUAUCCUUCUCGUCCAUGGCCGGCCCACCAGGAGUGUUCCGCGCAGUAUCCCUCGCGCCUCUCUCGCCCCCACCGGCUCCCGCACCUUCCUGAGCUUAUUCAAGAAGAAGCCCAGGGCCGCCAACGAGCCAAGCACGGAAAGGGCUCCGCUGCUCUCGCAAGACAAUCUCUUCCACGAGUUUUCCAAGUCACCUAUCCCAGACAUCCGCGCGCGGGCUUCUGCCAUCCGCCAGCUCGCGCCGUGUCCGGUCUGUGUGGACGAGGAUCACGGCGUGCACACCCAUGAAGACGCGAAGAACGAGCCGAAAGCGGUCGCGUUUGACUGUCCAGAUUGCGGCUGGCCGACACAUUGCUCGGAGGACCACUGGAAAGCGGACAAGGAACACGCGAAGUACUGUGGGAGGCUCAGGGAAGUGAAUGAGGAUGAGCACGACUUGUGGAGUGGCCGGAAGAUGACGGAGUUCGACAUGCCUGGUCCGCACGACUUCGACGCCGCGCUCUCGUUCUCAAAUUGGGACGUCUUCUGGUAUACCAGAGAAUUCCCGUCACUCAACACGGACAGGUCACGGAGACACACUAGCAAGAUCCUGACCUACCCCAUCACCAUCGGCUCCGUGUUGCACCAAUACAGCUAUCUCACCACGAGCAAUCAGCGACUUACCCGGGAAGGGAGUCGGUCACUAGCUGCCCUCCGCACCAACCUUCACGUCCCUCUGGGGACUCCUGAGACGCCAAAGGCCGCAGAAACCAAACCUCAAAUGAGGAUAUUCAUUCUUGGAGCACGCGCAGAGUCAUCGUUACCUCCUCAUGUCUGGGAGCAGCUCACGAUGCUCUUCCCGUCCGCCAUGUUUCACAUCUACUUCAUCGGCCCCCAGGUUUCACUACCAAGGCCAGCAAGUGAAGUCUACAAGCCUUCUAGUAAACCAACAACAUCCAGCGAGCAACCUGCUCCAGCAGCCAAAGAGUACUCCUCAGAAACCACUCAAGCCUCUUCGGAGAACACCGGCGGACUGACUGACCCGGAGCCCUCGUAUCUGCCCAAUGUCUACGAGCCCCCUACCCCUGCUCCCAUCCCGUACCUCAAGCGGACUCGAGACUCGAUUCAGCGUUACGGCGUCCCUUCGUACACGGUCCCAUACACUGCGGCUCUCACCAUCACAGGCAUGCGCGCGAACUAUUCAGAAGUGCACCCGCAGUUCGCGGAAACCUUCGACCCUUACACGGACUGCUUCUUCAUGUUCUCCCCCGGCUUGGGCUUCCCUUCCCAGACGUCGAUGGACCCGGAGACAGGCAAGCCCUACCUGCAAGUCGCGUCGCCAACCGAGUGGGGUCCUGUCAUGCCUCAACUACUGGCCACCAAGUGCCCGAUCUUCAUCACCGUCCUCUCGACCGCCCCGGGAGUAGCAGGGGAAUUCGACUGGAUUGUUACUCCCGGACCUAACGCGUUCCAGAGCGAAAAGUGGGAGGUCGCGGACUUCGACCCACGGGUGAUGGUGAGGACCAACUGGGGAGUGUGGGGUAUUCGCGGAAAGAGGCGGGACGUACAAGAGCAUCGCGGCUGGCUUGGGCUCUCCCUUGGCGCGCCGGAGUAG